UUUGUAGUUGAGAAUCAGCUGAGUGAUGGCGCUCUAUCCAUUCUUGUUUGCAACUUAGAGAGAAAAUGUUCAUACUGUUGAACUUUGGACUUCAACAUUGAGACACUGUUUUGAUUAUUUUGAAAGCUUCAGCAUCGAGCUGAUUUCGCCUCGAAAAUUCCAAAGAAAAUUCUGUAUCCGAAUGGACCCAAUCUAUACUUGGUUCGAGCAAAUCCAAGUUAACGGUCCCGAGUCAUACCGAUUCACCGCCCCGGAUUCUCAACUCUAAUCGACCCACCCACGAACUCACGCAGCUGAUCAUUCACUCCUUUUCAACCGUGCCCACAAUCGAGCUCUCUCGGCCAUUCUUUCGCUCUCUUUUCUGCUAUUCCAAUUUCUUCACUCGGGGCAUGUCCUCUUCGCUGUCUCCGGAUGCGAACGAUGGGGAAGCUGUCCGAAGGGACCGAAUUCUCUCCAGCAAGCUGUAUUUUGAUGUUCCUUCUUCAAAGGUUCCGGUGAUAUAUUCGUCAUCGUAUGACAUCUCAUUUCUUGGAAUAGAGAAGUUGCAUCCAUUUGAUUCAAAGAAAUGGGGUCGUGUAUGCCAAUUCCUUAUUGCCGCUGGAGUUUUAAGGAAAGAUCAAAUUAUCAAGCCUUUGGAAGCUAAGAAGAAUGAUCUUCUUGUGGUACAUCCGGAAUCAUACUUGAAUAGUCUGAAGAACAGUUCAAAUGUUGCUAAGAUUAUUGAGGUCCCUCCUGUUGCAUUGUUUCCUCAUUGUGUUGUCAAGGAGAAAGUUCAACGUCCAUUUCGUAAUCAGGUUGGAGGCAGCAUAUUAGCUGGAAAAGUAGCAAAAGAGAAAGGAUGGGCCAUCAAUGUAGGAGGUGGUUUUCACCAUUGCUCAGCAGAACGAGGAGGAGGAUUUUGUGUGUACGCAGAUAUUUCUCUGUGUAUACACUAUGCCUUCGUUCAGCUUAACAUAUCAAAGGCAAUGAUUAUUGAUCUUGAUGCCCAUCAAGGAAAUGGCCAUGAAAUGGAUUUUGCCCAUGAUACAGGACGAGUAUAUAUUCUUGAUAUGUUCAAUCCUGGAAUAUAUCCUUUUGAUUAUGAGGCUAGAAGAUGCAUUGAUCAGAAAGUUGAAGUAGUUAGUGGGACCACAACAAGUGAAUACUUGAAGAAAUUAGAUGAAGCACUCGAGGUUGCUGCCACUUCAUAUGAUCCUGAAUUAAUUGUUUACAAUGCUGGGACUGAUAUUCUAGAUGGAGAUCCACUGGGCUUGUUAAAGAUUAGUGCUGAGGGAAUAGCUAAGAGAGAUGAAAAGGUUUUCAGAUUUGCUCGUGCAAGGAACAUUCCCAUUGUGAUGCUGACAUCAGGCGGUUACAUGAAAUCUAGCGCUAAAGUCAUUGCUGAUUCAAUUGAAAAUCUCUCGAAGCAAAGGUUAAUUGAUACAGAAAGCUCUCCACACAGAACGUAGUCACCAAGUGAGCUACUUUGUUUUCCUGUCUUAUUCAGUAGUAUGAGCCAUUUAGCACGGCUUUACUUUAAUCACGUGACUUGUAUGAAGUUGGAGCUAAACUGUUUCCAGUACUAUAUCUAUGUCCUUCCAUGAAAGAGAUAUUAUUGUGGCUUAUACUUCGGUAAUUAUUAUUCGAUGAAAA